AUGAUACAUGGGCUUGCUGGGAUCCGUUAUUUCCUACUUCCUCCUUUCGCUGCUCAAUCUCAUGAAGCCGGCUUUGCGGUUCUAUUGUAUGUCAACCAGAACUGGAGCGACAGCGACGGCGAGCCUCGGCAGGGAUUGAAUGCUGCACUCCAACAAACAUAUCUCAACGAUGCAUUCAACUAUGCCGUCAUCCUCCCCGGCGUAGACCCAGAGUGGAUUGCGUACUGGGCCGCUUUGGUGCAGGCUCUGGCUGUGUUCAUGGAUGCAUGCUUCCUCACCUUCAAGGGCCGAAUUGUUGCCCUAUUCCAGGAUGGUGCGCAUGUUGUGGCUGGAUGGCGGAAAACGAGGAAGGGCGCCUUGUAUUGCCCGCAGUCAGGAAGAAGCAAAAAGUCAGGCUCUGCACCUAUUCUAUUUCCUGACGUUCAUGCCUAUGAGUCCUUUGGCGAUGUUUACGAGUGUGGGUGCCGCUGGGAGAAUUGGGCCACUGAGCAAAUACAACUCCACAUGCUAGAAUUUGAGGCACAAGCAAUCAUCCAUCGUGUAUCGCCCACGGCACUGCUCAUUCUAAUUCCAGGAAGUGACACUACUGUGUGA